CAAAAAACAAAGACGACUACGCGCUUCGCAGCCUUGCAGUUCCAUUGCAUGUGCGGGAGUUAGAAAACUAAAACACGUAAUAUGAGUGCGUAAAGCAGCGGAGUAAAGAGAAAAAAGGAUAUAAAUCGCAUAUUUGUAAUAAUGAAAAUUUCAUGAAUAAGGUAUUUAAUUUACCUUUCAUUAUGGAUCAAAGACACAAAGAUAUUUUAUCGCAAAUGCGACAGAAUAUAAUAGAUGAUUUAGAUGUCUAUAAUGGAAUAAUAGGUCCGCUAUCGACCGAAUUUGUUUUGAAAUCUGAGGAUGUAGAAAAUAUCAAUAAAGGUAAAACAAAACAAGAAAAAGCAGAAAUUUUAUUGGAUUUGUUACCACAACAAGGAUCUAAUGCCUUUGAUGUGUUUCAUCAAUCUUUAAAACAUCAUUACGAUUGGUUGAGUGAAAAAAUUGACAAAAUGUUAGCUGCACCAGGUACACCUAACAAUGAGAGAUACAUUGUUAAUCCCAACUUACAGCCAGUAUCUCCAAUAACAGUGGCAAGAGAAGACAUGAUUGAAAAGUUGAAAGAUGCAUUGCAAAAGUUGCAACCAAAUGAAUAUGUGGCAUUACAUGGCAUGAAGGGUUUUGGAAAAUCUUGUCUUACAGCGAGUACUUUGAAAGAUAAAAAUCUAUCACAAAAACUUUUUAAUAAUGAAAUUUACUGGAUAAAGUUUGGAUACAAACUUGGCCUCCAAGAAGAGAUUUUGAUUCAAUUAAAUAAUCUUUAUCAUCAAAUUAAAUGUUUUAAUUAUUUGCAAGAAACUGUAAAUUCAGAAUCAUUAGAAAAGACUUUGAAACAAACCAUAGAAAAUUACUUCUGGAAAGAAAAUCACAGAAAUGCCUUGCUGAUUUUGGAUGAUGUUUAUCGGAAAGAAUUUGUAGAUAAAUUUGACUUUGCAUGCAAAACACUAGUUAUUACAUCUGAUAUUGGAGUUUUGUAUCCAAGAAGUUACAGUAUUGUAGCAAUGAAUCACGGUUUCACUAAAGCAGAAACAUUAGGCUUAUUUGCAAAAGUACUUGAUGCAUCUGUUGAUACUUUACCUCCACAAGCAAAUCUAAUUCAUGAAGAAUGUAAAGGAAUGCCAUUACUUAUUGCUAUGUUUGCUGCCCAAUUUGAGAAUUAUAAACAUGACAUGAAAUGGAACACUGGCAGAUGGAAUUAUUACUUGAAGUGUCUUCGUACUAAGAAUGCCAAAAAUAAAGUUAUUGAAGAGUUUAUGAAAAUUCAAGAAGCAACCUUCGAUAUGUGCAUUAAUCAGUUAGAUCCAGAAAUGAAGGAACGAUAUGAACACCUCGUCAUUUUUAGCGAAGAUGUUAAUAUAAUGCCUAAGACAUUAGAAAUUUUAUGGGAUGAAGAGCCAUACUCUGUUGAUGAUCAAAUGUUAGAUUUCUGUCAUAAAUCACUCGCUGCAAAAAAAUGGAAUGAUGAUUUAAAAAGUUAUAUUUAUGGAGUUCACGAUUUAUUACUUUGUCAUUUAAGAAAAAAAUUAACGCCAACGCAAAUAAGGGAUAAACACCGGUUAUUUAUUGAAAAAUAUCGAAAAUAUUGUAAUGGUGAUUUUUCUAAGCUGCCUGACGACAAUUAUAGUUUCUCUUACAUUGGUCACCAUCUUGAACAAGCAGAAUUGUUUGAUGAUUUUCCCGCAAUCUUCAUGAAUUUUGAUUUUAUUCAAGCUAAAAUUAAUAACACCGGAUUAAGCGAUUUACUCAUCGAUCUGAAAAAAUAUCGAAAACAUAUCACAAAAAAUGGUGAUGAAAAGAUAGAAUCCGAUCUCUCUGAUAUGGAACAAUUUGUCAAAAGUCAUGCAAGUACUUUAGCAAAGCAUCGUCAGAUGAAGUGUUUAGAUUUGGUGCAGAUUGCAUUGGAUCAUUCCGCGGAUGGAUUUGUCAAAAAUACUAUUACUAAUUUAGCCUUGUCAAGACCGAAUUCUCUUUACAUCUCUCAUGAGAGAACGGACUUAUUCAACAUUAAAUGUUAUUCAAAUUUUUGCCAAGAAAUUACCGACGACGUACAUACCGCUGUUUUUACCGAAGAUCCAUCGCACGUUUUAAUUGGAAGUAAUAGUGGUGAAAUAAUACUGUGGGAUACCGACAACCAUAAAUCGAAAAUUUUUAGUGGUCAUAACAAAAAAUAUGCCAUUAAGAAGAUUGUUUUGUCUAUGGCCGGUGAUUACUUUCUAGCUUUAAGCGAAGACGGUACAAUAAAAAUGUUUGUAUUGAACGAAAAUGAAUUUACAAGAAACGGCCUUAGUAUUUCAAUACAAAAUCCGCGACACAAACAAUCUUCUUGGAAAAAUUUGUUUAAAACUACUCAUGAUGAUAGUGUAAGAACAUUUGCUAUUGAUCAAGAACAUAUUUCAGACAUGAAAUUCUCCUUGUCAAAUAACAAAGUAGCUGCUUGUACCACUUCAGGAACACUUGCAGUGUGGGAUGCACAAACUGGUAUUUUAGAAUUGAAUGACAAAUUACGGAAAGAAACAGGACCGAACCGUUUAGGAGGAGUGGCUUUCACAACAGGAGAUAAGUUUCUACAUGUAUUGAAUGAAACUAUUUCCGUUGUGAGGAUCUAUAAAAAAAAUCAAGAUAAAUACAUAUACGUGUCUCAAUUUAACUUACAACUUACCAACCCGAGGGUCAUUUACUUUUCAAAACACCCUGAAGAAGAUAACUGUUUGGUGAUUGUUACUGAUAAAGUAGCUUUGUACUUAAAGUGGUUUGUUAAUAUUGAUGAGCUCUCUCACAGUUACGAGAAGCUUGUCAAAAUUGAAGAAAAAGAGGAAAAUGUUUAUUUUACUACUGCGACGUUGACUUACGAUGCGCGAUAUCUAAUAAUUGGUAAUUCAAAAGGAAUUAUUAGCAUUGUGAAAGCUUUCAAUCCCGAUGAUUUUAUAACUGGCAUCAAAGCAAAUGUGACUUCUCUUGAUUCUUAUUGGAUGCCUGACGAAAGAUGUCAUAUGGUAUGUGGCGGUGAAAAAUGCGUGAUUUACAACUGGAAGAUUGGGGAUGAUGAAAAACCAAAAAUAGUUAAAGAGCUUCUUUUCGACGCUAGAGUACAAAAUUUUGGUGAAGACAAUAUAAUUGUUUUAAAAACAGCACCAAAUGAAAUAACUAUAUGUAACGGGAUAGUAUCCCCAAAGAGGAUUGAAUCUGAGUGUGGUAAAAUCACAAGCAUUGAACUCCGUGACAAUGCAACUAAACUAAUUUACAUUACUGAAUUGGCCUCAGUUGUAAUAUACGAUAUGCUUACCCAAGAAACAACCCGAUUAUCACAACUUAAUUCUUUCGAAAGUUAUAUUGGUAUACUCCAGAUCAACGAUAAUUACGUGGUUUUGUGUCAAAAUAAUCAUCAAUUACAAGUUUGGAAGAAUAUUAAAUCAUCGCAUUCAGUCGAAGACGCGAUAGAUGUGAUUUUUGUACACAAAAUAAAAACGAAUUGGAUGAUGACAGUAUCAAAAAAAGGCCAAAUUAAAUAUUUGUAUACUGACUAUUUACCAUGGAAGAAAAUAGAUUGUAAAGUGACCGAAGAAUGGACAAUUGUUUACAGCACUAUAAGUAAUUCUAAAACCCUCCUAGCAAUAUUGAGCGAAGAGCAAAAUGUGAUAAUAUAUAAAUUGCCAGAUGUAGAUACAGAAGAUAGCUCCAAAGUAGAGUCUUUCAUGAAAUACGAAUACAAGAGUCAACUUAGCAUUUGUCAGUUUUCUCAUGAUGGAAAAUACCUAGCAGUUGCACUGGAUAAUGGUGAAAUAUCUAUAAUCGACGUAGACUUACAAUGUGAACUAGGGAAACUUUGCUUACACUGUUGUCCAGUCAGUCAGUUGAAUUGGUCGCCAUCGUCUAUCAGUGUGCCAAUCCUCUUAUCAGUGAACUGCGAUGAAUUAGCUUGGUGGAAUGUAUCUAUGCUGCACAGCAUCGAUAAGACACAGAACCGCCGUAGCCGUAUGGGUUUCAGUCGUAGUAUCAAUAACCUAAACAUGGAUAUGAGUCAGACGAGAAUGAGUCAAAGCGUAAAGAGAUCUAAAUUACAGAUCAACGUCGAUGAGUUUUGGAGUCGAAAACUCGCGAAAAGUAACAGGCCUGCGAUGCUUGGAUGCGUGCAAUUACCGUCAACUUGCACUGGUAAGGUGAAAGUCUGCGUGUCCGAGGACUUUUCCAAGUUCUUAACAAUCGAUAUUCACGGUACAGUCAGUAAUUUCACUAUUUUUGGCAAUUUGGACUAGUAAUUCAGGU